AUGGUCGUAUCUUGUGAGGAAGAAGGACAUGGAACAUGUCGGAUUACCAAGUUGCCGGACUGCAUCAUGGAAUCUAUAGUUUCACUGCUACCUCUGAAAGACGCAGUGAAUACAAUCCUGGCUUCCCCUCCGGACUGGAAACACCUUUCUCAUUCAUCAAUACUAACAAGGCGCAACCUUGAAUUUGACUAUCUCAACGUUUUCGGGAGCAAAUACCAAUUACGAUACGACGUGGAUCAAGAUAGCGAAUUCUCGAGACGUGUGAGUAAAUAUUUGCAGCAAUAUCAAGGUAACAAGGUCGACUCAUUCAAAUUGCGAUGUUAUCUUGAUGCAAAAUCUUGUGUCAGCCUUGAUGAUUGGAUUCGUUUUGCAACUACAAAAGGGGUUGAAAAGCUUCAUCUUGGAUUUGGUUUUCUUAUGUCACCACAUAAAGGUUAUGUUUUUCCUCGGAGUUUACAUGUUGGCUCAAAUUUAAAUCUAAAAUAUCUGUCAUUGAAGGAAUGUAUUCUGAGACAUCCUACUACUGAUUGUGACGCCUUCAAUCAGCUAACUACUCUUUCUCUGAAGAAUGUUCACUUUGAUCAAUCUAUGAUGGCAAAUCUCUUCACUGUUUGUGCUUUACUCGAAAGCUUGACCUUAUAUUGGUGCCGGUUGAAUGGUAGUCAUUAUCCGAGACGUGAUGCGUGUCCUUUAGUUGCUGGUGAUCGUCUAACUCAUCUGAAAGUGUUACAUUGUCACGAGGAGGGGCAUACGGAGAUUUCGGCACUAAAUCUUGCCUCCUUGGAAUACCAUCCAUUUUGCAACUGCAGGUCUUUUCACAUGAAAGCUCCACAACUAUCCAGAAUUUUUUUCGCCAACAGCAGGCAAGACAAGGACGAUGUUGAUGUCAAUUUUGUGCUGGAUGUCGUCAAGGCUGCACCCUUUUUAGAAGAGCUUGUAAUAGUGGUAUAUGGAGGAGAUUUGUCUGAGACUAAUCCAAGAGAGACAAGGAAUAAUCAUUCUAGAUUCACAAAUGAUCAUUUGAGAAGUGUUGAGAUGCAGAAUUUCAGGGGUAACUGGUACGAGACAGAGUUGGCCGUUUGUAUCCUAGAGAUUUCACCCAAGCUAGAGAAGCUGAUACUUAAUCAGCAUGGAAGAUUAUAUCUGGGUGAUGGAAGAUUCAACGAGCUUGGCCGAAGUUAUUCAGAACAGCAGAUGGGAGUUGUGAAAGAAAAACUCAAGGGAGUAAAGACUGAUGCUCAGAUCAUAUUUCUACAGUAG